CCCCCCCCCCCCUUCCUCUCACUCUUCGAUCUCUUUUAUCUCUUCUCCCUACAAUUAGGGUUUCCUCUUGAAUCUCUGUUGUCUUCCUUUCAUUGGCUAAUUUAAGGCUAGUGCAUAACUCUUGGAAGGACAAAUUUAAGAACAGCUGCUUACUAGCUCUUAAGUACUUGCAAGAGCUCCUCCACAGCUAGAGAAAUAACAAAGUAGUGAGCUUGUUUAGAUAGCAGUGGAUUAUGGCUUCUUCAUCCAGUUCCUCCUACAACUCACCUUGUGCCGCCUGCAAGUUCUUGAGGCGUAAAUGCAUGCCCGGCUGCAUCUUCGCCCCUUACUUCCCACCGGAGGAGCCCCAAAAGUUUGCCAACGUCCACAAGAUCUUCGGCGCCAGCAACGUCACCAAGCUUCUCAAUGACCUUCUCCCCCACCAGCGGGAGGACGCCGUCAACUCCCUAGCCUAUGAGGCCGAGGCACGCGUCAGGGACCCGGUCUACGGCUGCGUGGGAGCCAUUUCCUUCCUCCAGAGACAGGUCCAGAGGCUCCAAAAGGAACUCGACACUGCCAAUGCCGAUCUCAUCCGCUAUGCGUGCAAUGAAAUCAUAGCGACCCCGGGGGUGAACCCUGUAGUUCAACAACAAAUUGCUCCUCGGAGCAGGUCUAUUGAUCAUCAUCAGUUUUAUCAGCAAGGCAGUGCUGCAAUUCCUCCUCCUGCAGCUAAUUUCCAGGUUCCUUAUAAUCUUCCAUGGAAUGUUGAUCUUCAAAACCGUACUUCUGGAGAUCACAUAAAUGAAGGAGGAGGAUGUGGAGAGGGAAGAAUGUGAUGAUCAAGCUGAGAUUGAGGGAUUUAAGGGGCAGAGAGGCUCUCACAUGCAUUCACAAUUCACAAAAGGUAAAUAAGUAAACCCAAAUUGAGUAGGGUUUCUCUAUUAGUAUGUGUUCAGUAAGUUGUACUCAUCGUGUCUAUUGCUAGCCUCACGUGUAGUACUAAUACUACUCUUCUAGCCAGACGAUGAUCGCUUUCAUAAGCUUUUCAUGGGUUCAGUGCCAAAUAAUUCUUCUCUAAACUUCAAAAAUUUAUAGGUAUUUUAUGUCACUGUGUUACAGCAUGGGAUUUGGGACCUAAAUAAGGCUUAGAGUUUGGCUACUAGAUCUCUUAUUCUCUAGUUAAUUAUAUUAAUUAUUGCAACUCUGAAGGGCAUGCGCAUGCUGCUUAUAUGGGGUUGACAUUCUCUGUCAGUGAUUUGUUUAUCUUGGAGAACAAUUGAGGUUUUUGUU